AACAAGAACCAACGUAGGCGCGUGAAGAAUACCAAUGCGCAUUCUUUUAUUCUUACACAAAUAGCCCCUGUUAAAAAGAACUGCCGACCUCUGAAUCUUUCAAUAGUAAACAUCUAUAUUCCUGCUGGACACGGGAUCAUUCAUUCGUGAAGUAAUACAAUAGACUUGUAUUUGCAUAGAAGUAGCCUCUUCUUUUGGGGGUUGUCUGCCUGUUAACAGUUGAAGAUUCUUGCAGACCGAUGAGUGUGUGUGUGUGUGCUUACUGAAACCAGGUGCAUGGUGCAAUGCUAUUAGCAUGGUGCAAGUAAAAACUACUUGCAGGGACAGAGCAACGGGUUUCUAAGUAUUAGUCAAAGUGAAUAAACAUGUGCCAUAUUUAAAUUCUAGGUAUUAAAUCGUGUAUAAACGUGUCCAGUUGAGGGAAUAAUUAAAAAAAAACACUGCACUGUCUGCAUUCUGUACUGACCCCCAAAACGAUCAGAGUCUACUUCUCGUAGAAUUCAUGAUGCCUACAACAAGCGGCUCAGGUCAUUUACUACUGUGACUCCGAUAUCUUGCAGGAUCCUGCAUCGUAUAAUGAAUGGAUUCUUCCAACAGCUGCACACAGAUAACCCCCUGUUGGUGGACUUGACAAGGAACUACCAGGCUGACUCUGCACGUACGGUACAUUUACAUCAUUGAGGAGUUCAAUGACAUUUCCAUGUCGUCAAAGUUAUGAUCACGACUCAGCUCGAAUCAUAAAACCCCGUGCAAGGAAUACAACAUGGAUUGGAUAUAUAUAUCGCUUCCUGAAAACCUCCUAUAUCUUGCUUUUCAACGAUUUUGUAUACAAUUCUUCAGGAUCAUGAACGGUUCUUACUAUAGUCAUUUAUCAGACAUUUCAUAGAUUACUCUCUGUUAGACGAAGAUCAAUUAGAAUUUAACCGCAAAUGCUCUCCGAAAUUAUUUAAUGACUGCUGUACAUAUAGUUUCAGAUUUCUAUCGCAUUACUUAAACAUUCAACUCCGGAAACCAGAAGCAUAGACAAAUUGUUCACUCGCGACACACAACAUGGAUAGGAAAAAUGUGGCCUCUAUUGCUUUUCUCCAGCUUGUGGUUUUUCUAGCAGUGAGGUUGGCCGCUUCGGUUCAAACAUUCAAUGGAAUUGCAGAAUUGGUCAUCGAAUCGUCCAAUUUUUCGCUUUCGGACGACUUCCUUCUAAAUCUGGAAACUUCUUUGGAAAGCAUGGUGUCAGGAGAUGUUGAUAAUGUAGUAGUUCCUCAAAAUAGAAGUAAUGAAGCUGACCGAAUUAUGAUUUCCUUUCGAGGACUUUUUGACGACUUUGAAUCAGUUCUUGUUUGUCUACGAAGCAAUACGUUUUAUUACAAGAAUGGGGUUGCAAAUGUAAGCUAUUCCAUUGCUUCUGUAUCAAUGCAAAACUUUCCAAAUGAUUUUGAAAACGAUUGCACUGCUAAUGAAAAAAAACGUUGCUUAUUUUGAAUACUUUGAAGAGGACUGUCGAUUCAGGACGCUGGAGUGUGAAUUAAAUCUUGAUUUAAAACGGCUGUAUAGAUAUGAGAUUCAUGAGUCUGGGUCAGUUUUAUAUAGCUUCUUCUGCAUCUCUGUCAAUCCUGAUGAGGAAUAUGAAACUGGGUUAUGUACCGAUGCUGGUGAUUGGUUGAAACUAGAAUGGGAAAAACAGAAUGAUUCAAUUUGCACGAUCAAUGAAACAUUAUUCGUUGCGUUGAAACCAGAAUUUCUAUUCAUUGAUGAUACAGGCAUGGAAGAAAUUGCCCCCAUCGAUACAUUCCCAUAUUCGCUUAACUGCACAAUAUAUUUUUUUGCACUGCCCACGGCCGAUGCACCCCCCAUUAUUCCCCUACGCGGCGAUCAGACGUGGGACAAACUUCCAAAAUGGUUGAAGAUGUGUCUUCGAAUCCUCAACGGAUUAUCUUCAGCUGCACUUCUAUUCUGCCUGCUCACGUUUGUCAUGUUCAAAGAGCUCCGUAACACCCAUGGUAAGAAUGUCCUGAGCCUUGUAGUUGCAGGGUUGCUGUCUCUCUUUUACACAUCAGGGUACAUCCCACUUGAAACUGAUAAUCCUCAACUCUGUGCAUUCUUAGCUACUCUCAUCUACUACUUUGUACUUGUACCAAACUACUGGUGGACGGCUGUUGCCAUUUUCAUGGCGUGGACUCUUGGCAGGAAAGGUAUUCAUCGCAUGGAUGAGGUUUCUGGAAGCCGCUUCUUUCUUCUCCUUUCCCUCUUUGGGUGGGGUCUUCCUCUAAUAUUGGCUCUUCUUGCCGUCUUUCUGCACAUUGGAGGCAUCAAGAUCUAUGACAUCGACGAAUACUGCUGGCUUAUCGAUGGAUGGCCGACGUAUCUCAUAACAACACAAAUUUUUAUACCGUUCCUUGUAGGCUGUGUUCUUUUUGUCUUGGUGGUUCAGAGAUUAAGGGAAACACGACUCGAUGUGGCAUCGAUGGACUCGGGUGGAAAGCAUAGACGAAGGAAUGAACGUCAAUUAACGAUAAAGAUGGCGGCAAUCUUUGGUGUUCUCUGGCUUCCAUCUUGGAUCUUCUACGUGGCGUUCCUGUUCAAACCCAUCUCUAGUCUUGCCAUCAUCGCUCAGCUUCUGAACCAACUCUCGACCUUCAUCCUACCAAUCGUGUUAUGUUUUAACAAACGAGUGGCUGCUCUCUGGAAGGCCAGGUUGGCGCCAUUGAGGGAUCGUCUCAGCAGUUUAACACAUAGUACGAGUCUCGCUGAUUCCCAUAACAUUCAAACAUAUUCAGUGAAUAAUAAAGCCUUUAUUCACAGCGACGAGCCUCCAGUAGACGGCAAUGGUGUACAGCUUCGUGAUAUAGAUAAUUAGUGAAACUAACUAACUUAUACUAUAUGGACCUACUUUAACAUGAUAAUUCAUAAAAUUUCAGGCAAACAUUGUAUCGUUUUAAUGUUGCAUUUAUAAGAGAAGUUUAUAAUUGAGCUUCUUGUGAGAGAAAUUUGCCUAGUGCGUAUUCCAUCGUAUCCCUAGCACAACACAUAACAGAAAGUUCGAAAAUAUACGAAAAUUUCCUCAUAAAUAUAUGACGUUGUUGCCUGCGUAUAGUAAGCUGUUUAGAGGGAAAGGGCAUUGUUUUUGGUGUAGAUAUAUUAGUUGCUAAUGCUUUUACACAUAUGUUUGACGUGUAUUUCAAGAAAUAUAUUUUUCUUUUUAACUCUCUCAAUGGCCGCUAUCUAAUUGAAUUAGUAAAUCAUGGACCAAUAAGUUAUACAGUCGUCAACCGUACAACAUGAAAAGUUCAGUUCCUUUCAAGUUGUAACAUUUUUUAAUGUUAAUGAUUUAAUCUGAGAAGAUUGGCCAUAUAUGAGAAUGAUAAAGUAAAUAUAUGUGAAGAUGAAGUAAUAGAUUAUCCGUUCAACAGAAAGGGGUCGAGGUCUAGUAGACGUCACCGGACUGUGGAUCACAUGGUUCGCCAUUCGAUUCCUGCCGGCCGGGCCCUAAUGUCUUUUGGCAAGACAAAUCUACAUUUGCCACACUCGACACAGGUGAGGUUAAUGGUAUACCCGGCAUAAAGAAAGUCGAGCGCCUUUUCAUGGUAGCUCGGCUAAAGCCGGGGUAAUAGGGACUUUUAGAUUUGCGUGGACUGAUACGUGUGACGUCCAUUCAAGGUAGUGCAUUAAAAGGACGUCGAC